UUGUGCUCCCACUGCUGUGUGCUCCCAGAGAGCAGAGGGACGAUCAGACGGACUGGUGGAUUAGAGCGACAAAGGGGAAAGUGUGGUCUCUGCUCUCAUUCAUUUCUCGUCAUAUACAUUUUUGUUUUGUUUUGUUUUUUUUGGGGGGGGGGGUCGCCGCGCGCUCGGGGAUCUUCCGUUGUGGCGCACAGACCGGGUAUGGAUUUACCACUGACUAGACAAGACACGCCGCCGCCGCCGCCGCCGCCGCCGAGCCCUGUACGAAAGUUUUGAUUGUCAUCGUUGCUUCUCGACCCGGGAGCAGCAGAGGAGGAGAGCGCUGAACUUUUGUCGCCAGCUUUUGUAGAGACUGGUGACCACAUGUGAGGACGUUUGGAGACAAAUAUUUUCUGUCGGAGCGUCUUUUCGCUGCUCUCUACUACUACUGCUGCUGCUACUACUACUACUACUGUAUCUCUCAUGGGGUGACCCGCACAGGACUCCUGAGACGUGACUGUGGGACAGGCAGUCUCCCUCCCCAGCCCUCUUCCUGUCCUUAAAGGCAAUGAUUAUCUCAGUCGACACUCUGCACGGCUCCACUGUGUGAAUGAAUCUUUGCCGUAAAGCCGCUGUGCUCUGCCACCCUGUCACCAUGAAGAGCAAGUAUUCCCAGUACUACAAUAACAGUCUGAUCCACUCCUACUAUGCCUUUGCUAAGAACAUGACCACCCAGGAGCUGGAGAAGCUCAUUGAGAAUAAAAAACACCUCACCACCCUGAACAUUGUCAUCGUGGUCCUCUGCACCAUCAUCAUCCUGGAGAAUCUGCUGGUCCUCAUCGCUGUCUGCCGCAACAAGAAGUUCCACUCUGCCAUGUUUUUCUUCAUCGGCAACCUGGCGUUUUCUGACUUGCUGGCAGGUUCGGCCUACAUAGCCAACAUUUUUCUAUCAGGGUCAAGGACUUUUGAGCUGGUGCCUGUGCAGUGGUUUAUCCGGGAGGGCACGGCGUUUAUCGCUCUGGCAGCUUCAGUCUUCAGUCUGCUGGCCAUAGCUAUAGAGCGCUAUAUUGCUAUCACCAAAGUUAAAGUGUACGGCUCCAACAAAACGUGCCGCAUGUUCCUCCUGAUAGGAGCUUGUUGGGUCACCUCCAUCCUGCUCGGAGGACUUCCCAUCAUCGGCUGGAACUGCAUCAACAACCUCCCUGAAUGCUCAGCCGUGUUGCCACUCUACUCUAAGAUAUACAUCGUCUUUGUUGUAACCAUUUUCAGCAUCAUACUACUCUCUAUUGUCAUCCUCUAUGUGAGGAUCUAUUUGAUUGUACGCUCCAGCCACCAGGAAGCAACCAACUCACCGGCCUAUGCCCUUUUGAAAACAGUCACUAUAGUGCUGGGUGUCUUCAUCAUGUGCUGGCUGCCUGCUUUUAUCAUCCUCCUCCUAGACUCAUCCUGCGGCAUACAAUUCUGCCAUAUCCUCUCCAAAGCAGACAUCUUUUUUGGCUUUGCCACUCUGAACUCAGCUCUUAACCCAGUGAUCUACAUGCUGCGCAGCAAGGACAUGAGAAAGGAGUUCAUGCGUGUGCUGUGCUGCUGGGGGGUGCUGCAAAGCGGGCGGCCCGCUGACCGUUGUCUGGUCCUUCUAAAGAGCUCCAGCUCCAUGGAGCACUGCACGAACAAACUCGAACACCAGACCACACCCAUCAUGCAAGAUUGUACCACCUGUGUCUAAUGUGGUGCAAAACACAUCAGAGUGCUUGUGAGUGAGUGUGUGUGUGUGUGUGUGUGUGUGUGUGUGUGUGUGUGUGUGUGUGUGUGUGUGCGUGCGUGCGUGCGUGUGUGUGAGUGUGUGUGUGUGUGUGAGUGUGAGUGUAUAUGAGAUCAAGUAUGAGAGGCUGUGAUGAGACAGAGAGAAGCAAGCACACACCCUGGACUGAGAUGCCUGGCGAGGCUGGGACACAGCUGUCUGCAGAGACAUAUUCUACGAUGCAGACUUCUUUGUAUUACAAUCAAAUUUGUGUGAAGAAUCAAAAUCAGCAUUCAAUCAAUUCGCCCAAGCAGUGGGUGUAAGUCACAAUGUUUCAAGAGGGAACCAAUUUAAAGGGUGAGAACUUUCAGAAAUGUGAAAAUAGCUUUUUUUAUGGGUACUCCCAUCACUUAAUAUGGAGUUGCAAACCAUUUUAAUGUAUAAAUGUAUACGCUUGUCAUCUUGAUUUUGUUUUUCUUUCUAAACAUGUAAAACCCUAUUAAAAGCCAAAAAAUGGAAACAUAGCAUGCAUAAUAUCAUAGUUAUGGUGAGUUGUUUUGGGCCUUUCAAGAACUGUGUCAAUGCAAAGCUUGCAGAGUUGCACUUUGUAGAUUACUUCAGUGAUUGUUGUCCUUUGUAAGGUUGAACCACAUUACUCUCCUUCACUGAUAUAUGUAUACAUCAGGCCUACAGAUUCAUCGCUCGUUCCUUACUGAACCGAAGGCAGUGAUCAGCUUCACUCCACACUGCACUCCACAGAAGCCAUACUACCACGAGUUCUCCCUCAACAAAACCAGGGCUAUAUAUUCCCUAUAUAACCUUGCUUAAACCAUCUGAUAAACUACAACAAAUUUGCAUAAUCUGCUUACAUUUACUGCAUGAAAUUCUAACUCGUUUGUAAGCACUAAUGUGUAUGAUAUAUUCCAGCUCCAGCUUCCAUCACUAACACCCCUUCCCUCAUUCGCCGUCAUAAUCUGUCCCUCUUGCUUUUACUGUUGUCUUUUGUAUCUUAACAGUUUCUGUGGAGGAAGGCCUAAUCAGAAAGCACAUUUCCUGAAGUGAGUUGGCACUGAUGAAUUUUACUCAUUGACAGCUGUCCAGCAGCUUUGACUAAUGGGACCAAUGUCCUGACAGUGUUGUAGCAACAUAGCAGCAAUGUGCUGUCUCUGUUUGUGCCUUCCUCUUGGGGAAUUAGGCUGAAUGUAUGUAUGAAGUGUUUGGGGCAGGCGCUCCAUUGUUGACAGUAUUAUUGAUCAUUAUUUUGAAUUACCAAGUCACUGACGAUCGGAGAGUGGGAUACACAGGGUAGGUCACCCUCACUGUGAAGUCUUAAAUAGCACCAUGAACAAGAACUUGUUGUGAACAUCCUGGUUUAAUUUGCGAGCCAUAAUGCCAUAUGCAAUUUAAGAUAUAAUCUCAUUUUUCAAAGACCCCACGCCUCCCCUACAAAAUAAGAGAAAUUCUUUUUUUCAAAUGCACAGGGGGAAUCUGCCUCCCAGGGAGGUUAGCUUCAUCCUCAUUCUAUGACAUCCUACGACACGCAACUUCCUUCAGCCAUAGGAAGUCCUGUUUUUCAUUGUCCGGUUCCUGUUGUUCAAACUUACACUAAUGUUCAUCCUGUAGACACACAUUUAAGAAUUCUUCUCUCCCUCUGUGUUUUUUCUUGACCUUUACAUUUAGAUGGCCAAGUAGAAAUGGUGAAAAGCACUUUGGCAGCUUCAGUGAUGUUUGCUUUCCCCCAGUUUGUUUCAGAUGGAGAGGUGUUUAAAUCUAUGUACCUAUCACUUUGUCGUGUUGCCUGAUUCUAUGAUUUUUUUAUGAUAAAUAUAUGAAAAACUAUGUAUGUUUGUAAGUAUGUAUGUAUGUAUCUUUGUACAGUAUGUAUGAUUUGUGUUGUAUGAAAUGUCUCGUGUGCAAUAGCCUUGUGUGUCCAGUAGCACGCUGCCUGUGUUAAACCGGUACAAUCUGAAACACUAAUGUAGGUACAUAAACAUUUUGUAAUUGCAUUCCCUUUUUAUAAAAUAAAUGAAAUAA